CGAACUCAGUUGAACGUACCUACCGUAAGUUUGAUCAAGAUGGAGAAGUCGCUGAGAAUUUUAAUUUUGGCUAUUUGUGUUUCUUUCACUGUUGCAGCUGAAGAAGGUACAUGUUAAUUAAUUCUAUAACAUAAAAAUCUAUUCGUUUAUAAUACUAGUAUAUUUGCGAUAAUAAAUUCGUAUAAUUAUAUAUAGCUACAUAUUAUAUUUUGUAUUAUACAUAAGUUUUAUAAUUUUGAAACAAAAUCGUUUACAAUUUAUUCUAAUUAAACAUUAUGACUUUUUUGGAAUUUUCACUAUUCUCUCUAAUAAAAACGCAAUCUCUAAUUUAAUUUCACCGUGUUAAGCCAGACGAUUUUCCCGAAAAUACUUAACUGUACAUAUUAAACGUGGAGCUAAAAAUUUUCAAUUUAAUAUUUAUAAACAUUAAACUCUAUAAACUUUUUUAAACAAACUUUUAAUGGAAAGAUUAUGAAAAUAAUACUAUUACUAUAUAUUAGGUACAAAAGUGGAUUAAACGAUUUACCACCAAUACAAAGAAAUUCACUACCCCUUCAUACACUUUGUAUUUUUUUAAAACAAAAAAAAAUCAUAAAAAAUAUAUUAUUAUUAAUUAAAUAAUAUUUUAUAUUUAAAAAUAUAUACAAGUAAGUGGGCAUAUAAUAUGUUUAUGUUUAGUAUGAAUGUUAAAUAAAAAUUAAUACUCGUAUAAAAAUGAAGAGGAAAAACGUAAACAAUUUAAAUUAUAAUUUAUUAAUAUUAUUGUCUUAAAAAAGUAACAUACACGAAGUAAAUAAUUUUUAUAAUUAUGUUAUUUAUUACUAUAUGUAUAGUCGAUCAAACAAACUGUUAAUAAUUUAAAGUAAAGUGGCUAGGUGUAAUAUUUUCAGUAGUCUUUAGGAGAGGGUUGAUACCGAGUUUAGAUCGAGAUUAAAACAAGUAAAAAAAAAAUAUAUUUUUGAGAAACUUUAAAAAUUAAAAUAUUUGAGGAUGUGGCGAUUGAUUCUCGGUUAGGUUAGCCCUGGGUGAGGUGCGACGUAAAGAUGCGUAAGAAUGACUGGUUUUCGUCGAGACCCUAUACCGUUCUUUCGUGAAAAAUGGUAUAGAUAUAUUAUAAUGUGUAACUUUUAUAAUAAUUUUAUUUUAAAUGUAACUUAUAAAAAUGUUUGUAUACUAUGAUUCAAAAACCUACCUCCGACCGCAACUCAGAUUUGUUUUAACUUGUUUUGUGUUUUGAUACCGGCCACAAUUCGGAUUUUUUUUACCUGUCUUAAUCCCGAUAUCACAAUUCGUCUAUCAUAACUACAGUUCAGACACUCCCUAGCAGAGUAACUUUUUAUAAUUUACCCCUUGUGGUUGUCAACUAUUAAAUAAAUAAAUAAUAAAUAUUCGAUACACCUGUACGUAAGUACCGAUUUUUAUGAUUCAGAAUAAUAAUAGUAUAAUAUAAAGUAUAGUUAUAAUAAGAAUUAAAAAAUUGAAGUCCUUAAGAUUAAAAUUUGAUUUAACAUAGAAAUAUAUUAAUAUAAUAUUUAAUUAAAUACUGGUAAUAGUUUAACUUUUUAAAAAUAAUAUUCUAGACCCUAAAUUGGUUAACUGGAUAAGUGACAAUGAUACGUUACCUGAAAUGUUACCAAAACACAUGCUUGGAAAAAGUAAUGAGGAAAUUCAAAAAGCUGUUCUUAGUGCCUACACAAGUCAAAUGCAAAUCGUUUCUGAAUACAGUGGACACGUUUACGAUCCUGAUUUCCCGUACGACUAUUUAAAAAACGAAUAUUCCAUACCGAAUACAGAAGCAUUUCAAUCAAAUAUUGAAUUAACAUUUACUAACAAUAUAUUCAAGGGAUUGGCGAGCUAUAAUGAAAACACCAUUGUUUUAAAAUGGGCGCCUGAUCAGGUAAAUAAAAUUUAUAAUAUGUUUUGCUUACUAUGUAAUAUAAUUAUAUUUUACUAUAAUUUUUGUAUUUUGGUCAUAAAGUAAGACUAAUUUUAAUUUUUAUUUCUAUAUGUUUAAGUGUAAUAAGUAACCAAUGUUAGAAUAAUGUUAUACAUACCUAAUAUUAACAUAGACGUGUGCUGUGCGCAGGGGGUAGACAACAAGUGGUCAGUGGAGAGGGAGGCUAUUAGCAACUAUUUAAAACUGUUUCGUAUUGUAUGUAAUUAUUAAUUUGUAUGGUAGAUAUUUAUAUACAAUAACUUAUUUAAAAAUACUUGCAUCAAAGAUUUAAAAGUUCAUUUUAACAUAAAUUGCAAUAACCUAAAUUGCUUAAUAAUUGAAAUUUAUGUAAUAUCUAUAUUUUUAAUUCAGCUCAUAGGGAAAAUAAUGCCCUCCCCCCACCUUCCUUCGUCACACCUAAGCAAAUUAAUGCACAAACACACAAACACUCCGAGGUUUAAAAUUACAAGCAUAAUUCAAUUUAUAUAUAGAUAGAGACUGAAAUCAAAUGGAAAGAUGCAGGAAUCAGAGGAAACUAUGUUUAUUCAAACGCCACGAACUAUGAACAAGGAAAAUAUCACAUUCAAUUUGAAAACUUAAAAUACCUCGCAUACACUACUCUUUCUGGUAACACCAUGCUUUAUCCGGCCUCAGUGCCCAAAUCAAGCAUUUCAUAUGAAAGCGUUAAAGCUUCGUUUUCGAAAACUGUACCAGAAGUGAACAAUGUGAAUGAUUCACCGAACUUAAAGUGAGUUGAUUUUAAGUACCUAAAAUAGAUACGAGUAGAUCAAUAAUAAUUAAUCUCUAUAAAUUGUACUCGAAUACAAAAUAAAAUUUUACAAACAUCGCGUAAAUAAGUAUAUUAUUGAUAAUUUGUGCAACGACUAUUCGCGUUCUUUUUUUUGUAUUUUUUUAUCUAUAUUAUCGAGCUUUAAACCUAGAUAAUUUAUUCCAAUUAGUUUUCAAUUUUUUUAAAAUAGUGUAUUUUCUUUAGAUAGCUAAUUACUUCGAAUUUAUAUAUUUAUUAUUUAUUGAUUAACACUAAACUAUACUAAAAUUACUUUUCAUAUUUUAGCAUGACCACGUGCAUAAAGAUGCACGUAACGUACAUGAUAAAUAUGAAAUACCUAUAUAAUUGGUGCCCUAUUUUUUUUUUGUUUUUAGAACAUGAUAAUUUUCAAAUUGAAUACUGAACAUUUAUUAAAAGUCGAUUGUACCUUAACAAGUUGUCCUGCAAUGUUAUCCUAAUGCUAUAACUUUGUCAAUAUUCAUUUUUUUUAAUCGGAUUUUGUGUUAUGAGGACAAAAAUGUAAAGGAAAAUUAAAUUUUUAUUUUUCGUCACUUAAUUACUGAAAAAAAAAUAACUUUAUUUUAACAAAUUAAUUAAUUUAUAAAAUAUAUUAUUCUCAACAAUUUUAAUGUAUUAUAUAUUCAUAUUUGAUUAAUAGUUUCUCAGUUAUUGCCGUUUUAAUAUUUAGAGAAAGAUGUGAAAAAUAAGACUUCUACAUUAUGUCAUAGUGAAUCAAAGUCGUGAUAAAACUGUCAAUAAAAUAAUAAUUUUUACAUUAAGCGAGUUUUCAUAAGAAAUUAAAUCGGCUAUUUCUAAGAAUAAACUAUUAAUCAGAUAUGAAUGUAGAUAUGAUACAUUCAAAUUUUUUAGGAUAAUAUAUUUUACAAAAUGAUAAUUUUGAAAAUUUUAAAAAGUGAAAAAAUAAAAAUCAUUUUUUUUUUUUUAGUGUCUGUAAGAGAUGAAAAUACAAAUUUAAUUUUUCCCUUCAUUUGUGCCUCCUCGAUACAAAAUCUGAUUGAAAAAAAACAAUAGAAAAUAAAUGAAUAUUGACAGAGUUAUUAGCAUUCGGAUAACAUUGUAGGACACCCUGUUGUCACUGUAUAACAACCCAAAUAUUAGUACCACCUUUUAUAUUAUACUUAUUUUUAUAUUAAGGCCAGACAUUAAAAAAAAAGUGUAAAUAAGGUUCUAUAAGCAUUAAUAGUACGCAUAUAUAUAUAUUACAUAUUAAAUUUUGUAUUUUAUAUUUUUUCAAAAGAUACUUUAUAGAAGACGUUGCUUUCCAGCACAUCGCUGACAAUGUUGCUAAGUCCGUGCAUAAUAACAUUACUAUUGGUAUCAGACAAGGUAUCAAAAAGUACAUCAUCUUCAAGAACGUGUCUGACCCACACUUCAAGGGUUUCAACGACAUUUUCCCCAACGGUGCACAAUAUUGGGUCGACGGAAUUUUCACCAACGGAUUGGACCAAACGUUCUUAAAUGUGAAAGACGUGUUCGUCGAUAUAGCCAACAAAAACGUCUCUGCGGCAACUGAAUUCGUAUUGCACAAAUUAAGUGGUGAUUUUACAGUGACAGUCUCAGACGGGAGCAAAUCGUCCAAUCGGUCAGCCAAUGCCGAAUUCACCAUCGGCCGUAUCGACAUGAAUUCAGUCAGUAACAUGCUCGACCCUAAAGAUUGUUUUACGAUCACCGAUGUAGUCGACACCGUAGUAAACAUUUCUCCAUCUUUAUCCUUGGCGCCGGAGUACAACGAAAUUGUUGCGAAAAAAUACGCCGAAACUCUUACCAACAAAUUUAAUACUGCCCUCUGUACUGCGUUAGGUAAGAUGAUCCACCCUGAUUCUGGAAAAUUUUAAUUGCUCACUGUAUAUUAUAAUAAUCCACCGAUAAUAUAAUUAAAAUUGGACAAUGUUUAAAUUUGAUAAUAUAUAUUUUACGUGCAUAUGUAUAAUAAUACUAAUAUAUAAAGUAUUAUACGUGUUCUUUUGAUUGUAACCAAGUCUAGGAAAACAAAAUAUAUUAGAAGUCUGUAAAAUACAGUUGUUAAAAUGCUAAUUAGUCAUACCAUCGUAAAGUAGAUAUUACUAUCAAUAUAAUAUUAAUUAAAUACAAACAUGUUUUAAUUUGAAUUACUGUAUUACCUAUUUAUUAAUCCGGGAAAAUGUAAAAAAGUUUAUUACAAUAAUUUUAGAUUCGGAGCGUAGCGAUAAAUCUAAUGGUUUUGCUAUGAUGUGUGUGUUUUUUUUU